CGCGAGAUUUGGCGCAUGAUAAGGAUCACGAGGGUCCGUAGCCAAAUUCGGCUCAAAGGAUUCAGGCUCGAGUCCCUUUUUUGGUCAGGCCCCUGCUGCGGCCCCGCGCGGGUCAAGAGAACUGGCGCCCGCGGGUAGGGAGCGCGAUCACACGAUGGCGUUGCUGAACCAGAGGCAGCUCUUCGAGGCGAUGACCAAUACGUACCCGGAUGUGCUGACCAGGAGCGUCUACCAGCCCAUGCAGCUAUCGCAGCCCUUGUUUAAGAUGUCGCUGGCGGAGAAGCGAGAGCUGUUCGUGGCGGCGCUCCGCGGCAUGCUCAAGGACAUCGGCGACGGGAGGUCCCCCGCCGAGGUGGCCUACGAGACAGACGAGUCAGGGAGGCUGUUCUCGUUUGGCCUGCAGCCGAUGUGGGAGGUGCGCGAGGACAAGGAGAAGUCGCGUCUCGUCGGCCUGGAGAGCCUCCUGGCGCUGCACACGGCCUCCUGGGGCGUCGGCCUCGUGGUGGACGUGCUCGACAACCUGCUCGACACCGACAUCGACCUAUACCUGCAGUUCAAGGGGCUGGAGGUCCAGGCGGCCGUGGACGCCCUGGAGACCUUCCCGAGCCUGCCGCCGAUCAGCGUGAAUUUGCGGCCGUCCGAGUGGCUCCUGCCAGAGGUCCAGAGCAUGGUGCUCGACGCCACCCGCCGCGCGCCGGGGCGGAUCGUCUUCGAGCUGACCGAGUACACCCAGGACCUGCACUUUACCAGGCUGUUCGGCAAGCAGGGCUCGCUCUCGCAGCGCCUGACGAGGACGCUGCUGCCGGUCCUGCGGCGUAUGCGGGAGGCGGGCGUGAAGCUGCUGGCGGACGAUCUUCUGCCCUUCAGCGUGUACUGCUUCGACGGGGAGGCGUCGCGCAAGAAGGGCCACCGCCUCAUAGACCACCACGCAACCGAGAGCAGCACGAUGCUCUCGAGCGAGUGGUCCGCGGUGUUCCACGGCGUGAAGAUUAGCCUCGACUGGGUCAUCCACGCGAUGCCCCUCGGGAAGCAGACAGGGGCCGCGUUCGCGUCCGUGCCCCUGUACUCCAAGAGCAUGAAGGAUAACCCUGGGUACGUGGCGGCCGUGACCGGCAAGCCCGUGCCGGAAGAGGACGUGGAGAGGUCCUCUGCCCUCCGCGACCUCCAGAAGGCCGCCAAGGCGGAGCUGCAGGCCGCCCUGCAGGAGGUCCAGCAGCACCGCUUCGACAUCCUGCCCGUCCUUGAAGCGACGCUGCCGCCUGCCCAAAUCGCAGAGUGGGGCCUGGAGGGCGCCGCGAAAGAGCAGGGAGGCAUCUUUUUCGAGGCCCGCUUUCCGCCUGCGUGGUUCUUCGGCCAGAUCCUGCCUCCGCCCCGCGCGCAGCGCCCAAAGGUCUCCUCCCCCAAGAAGGCCUUCCCUUCAACAUGCAACGAGGGCUAGAGCCCUGCUCGCGGCGUGAGUAACCCUGCUCGCUCGCGCGUAGGACUUGAUUUGAAAAGGGAGAGGAGAAGGUCUUACGUUGAGAGGAGAGCCCGAAAGAAAGGAAUUGCGGGCCUUUUCACCUUGUCACCCAGUGCCGUGUGGUGUGACUCAUUAUUCGGGUGACGUGCGGUACGGUCACAGUCAGAGUGCGGCCUCAUAGCAACCCGCGGCCAGCACGCCAAUAAUGGGCUGCGGCAGGUCACUUGUGGUUGCGAGUAUGCUGCAUCGGUGCCCCUGCUCGUUCGCACGUAGGAGUUUAGAGGACAAGGGGGAGGGAAAGGCUAAACGUUCAGAGGAGAGCCCGAAAUAGAGGACUUGAGAGCAUUUUCAACCAGUGCAGUGUGGUGUGACUCAUCAGUCGGUGAAUGUGCGGCACGGUCACAGUCAGAGUGCGGCCUCACAGCAACCCUCGGCCAGCACGCCGGUCGCAUUAGGCUGCGGCAGGCCACUUGUGGUUGCGAGUAUGCUGCAUCAGUGCCCCUGCUCGUUCGCGCGUAGGACUUUGUUUGAUAACGGAGAGGAGAAGGUCCUACGUUGAAAGGAGAGCCCGAAAGAGAAGGUGUGCCAACCCUUCUCACCUCAUCACCCAGUGCAGCGUGGUGUGACUCAUCAGUCGGGUGACGUGCGGCACGGUCACAGUCAGAGUGCGGCCUCACAGUAGCCCUCGGCCAGCACUCCAGCCGCAUUGGGCUGCGGCAGGCCACUUGUGGUUGCGAGUAUGCUGCAUCGGUGUCCCUGCUUGUUCGCGCGUAGGACUUUGUUUGAUAACGGAGAGGAGAAGGUCCUACGUUGAGAGGAGAGCCCGAAAGAGAAAGUUUCGCCGGCCCUUCUCACCUCAUCACCAAGCGCAGUGUGGUGUGACUCAUCAGUCGGGUGACGUGCGGCACGGUCACAGUCAGAGUGCGGCCUCACAGCAACCCUCGGCCAGCACAGCAACCCUCGGCUAGCACGCCGGUCGCAUUUGGCUGCGGCAGGCCACUUGUGGUUGCGAGUAUGCUGCAUCGGUGCCCCUGCUCGUUCGCGCGUAGGACUUUGUUUGAUAACGGAGAGGAGAAGGUCCUACGUUGAGAGGAGAGCCCGAAAGAGAAGGUGUGCCAACCCUUCUCACCUCAUCACCCAGUGCAGCGUGGUGUGACUCAUCAGUCGGGUGACGUAGGAGAGCCCGAAAGAGAAGGUUUGCGGGCCCUUCUCACCUCAUCACCCAGUGCAGCGUGGUGUGACUCAUCAGUCGGAUGACGUGCAGCACGGUCACAGUCAGAGUGCGGCCUCACAGUAACCCUCGGCCAGCACGCCGGUCGCAUUUGGCUGCGGCAGGCCACUUGUGGUUGCGAGUAUGCUGCAUCGGUGCCCCUGCUCGCUCGCGCUUAGGAAUUUAGAUGACAAGGGGGAGGAGAAGGGAUUUGGUGGCCUUUUCCACCCAGUGCAGCGUGGUGUGACUCAUCAGUCGGUGGACGUGGGAGACGAUCACAGUCAGAGUGCGGCCUCACAGCAACCCGCGGCCAGCACGCCGGUCGCGCUUGGCUACGGCAGGCCACUUGUGGUUGCGAGUAUGCUGCAUCGGUGCCCCUGCUCGCUCGCACUUAGGACUUGAGAUGACAUAGGGAGGAGGAGGUUUUACGUUGAGAGGAGUGCCCGAAGGAGAGGAUUUGGUGGCCUUUUCACCAACUGUAGCGUGGUGUGACUCAUCAUUCGGGUGACCUGCGGCACGGUCACAGUCAGAGUGCGGCCUCACAGCAACCCGCGGCCAGCACGCCGGUCGCGCUUGGCUGCGGCAGGCCACUUGUGGUUGCGAGUAUGCUGCAUCGGUGCCCCUGCUCGCUCGCGCUUAGGAAUUGAGAUGACAAGGGGGAGGAGACGGUUAUACGUUGAGAGGAGUGCCCGAAAGAGAGGAUUUGGUGGCCUUUUCCACCCAGUGCAGCGUGGUGCGACUCAUCAGUCGGUGGACGUGGGACACGAUCACAGUCAGAGUGCGGCCUCACAGCAACCCGCGGCCAGCACGCCGGUUGCAUCGGGCUGCGACAGGCCUUCCUGGCUGCGAGUAGGCUGCAUCGGUGCCCCUGCUCGUUCGCACGUAGGUAUUUAGAUGACAGGGUGCCCGAAAGAGAUAACUUGAGGGCUUUUUCACCCAGUGCAGUGUGGUGUGACUCAUCAGUCGGUGGACGAGCGGCACGAUCACAGUCAGCGUGCGGCCUCACAGCAACCCUCGGCCAGCACUCCAGCCGCAUUGGGCUGCGGCAGGCCACUUGUGGUUGCGAGUAGGCUGCAUCGGUGCAGUGUCUCGCUCGCACGUAGGACUUUGGAGGAGGCGCAGGAGGAUG